UUCCCAUUGGCUCACAUUUCAAACAAGCUUGUACUUAAUCCUCAGAGCUCAGAGUGAGCAGGGGUGAGUUCAAGAGACACAGGAACAGUGCACUCUGCUGAGAAACACACUAGCGACCACCUGGCUUCCAGUGAGAACAGACAGCCAUAAUGGAGCGCAAACCUCAGAAGAGUUCAGGCAAACAAUUUACAUUCUAUUAUGAAAAUGAAGUCUGCAAACAAGAUUACUUUAUUAAAUCACCACCUCCUCAGCUUUUCUUCUCUGCGACCUCUUGGAAAAAGCGGUUUUUCAUUCUGUCAAAGAGUGGGGAAAAGGACUUUAGUCUUUCGUAUUACAAAGACCAUCAUCAUCGAGGUUCUAUUGAAAUUGACCGAAAUUCCAGUGUAGAAGUUGGCAUCAGGAGCCAUGAAAAAAUGCAGUCUGUACAGAAGAUGUUUAAAUGUCACCCUGAUGAAGUGAUGUCCAUCAAGACCACUAACAGGGAAUACUUCCUCAUUGGGUAUGACAGGGAGAAGAUUAAAGACUGGGUCUCCUUCUUGUCAUCACUCUGCCGGCAUAUGAAAGCAGCGCACCAGAAUACAGAGCAGGAGAAACUCUCAUCAGGUGAUAAAAGGCCCUCUUCAGACCCUCUCCUUGGACUUUUCUGCAAGUCAGAGGCUGUCAGCACCACCAUGCCAAGAAACAGUCUUCCAGACAUGCGUUUAGAACAUCCUCCAGGACUCAGAGGAGCUCGCCUAUCGCAUGACUUCUCAUCAGAAAUCUCUCAAGAUUCAGAAGAAGAGAGCCAUUAUAUUAGUCCUCGGAGUAUUCUUUUAGAGUUGGAUAAUAUUAUUGCCGCCAGUGAUUCUGGGGAACUCACUGUCCCCAUUGGACUUUGUAGUCCAGACCAGGUCUCCAAGACAGCUGAGCAUCGUUACAUGUCAAUGAAAUCCUGUCUUCUCAAAGAACUGUCCCUUGAGUCUGUUGAUGGCAAAGAGGAAUUUCAGCCCCUGGCAGAGAUCCAGAAUGGGGAGCUUCAUCAGCAAGAACAAGCCUUGGAAACUCACUUUUAUCUUCCACCUGCCAAUUCCGAAGCACAGACCACGAUUGACACAAAGCAGUCAGCCUCACUAACUGUUGUGCAACUGUCUAUAUUAAUCAAUAAUAUCCUGGAUGAAAGCCAAGUGCAGAAACUGAACGUGUUUCUUUCUCCUCCUGACAUCAAAAAUUAUCUUGUUCUCAAAGAAGCUGCAGGACGGAUAUGUGUGGCCAGGUGGGAUGCGCCCCCGCAUCUGGGAUGCUUAUUUUUUCAUGGAGAUCACCUUUUGGCUGUGAAUGACCUGACGCCCCAAAGCCUAGAGGAGGUCUCCUUGUUUCUCAGCCGGUCCAUCCAGGGAGAGAAAGUAAAACUCACCAUCGGUCGUAUCCCAAAUUCAGAGAAAUUUCACACAACAGCCUGUACAUGCUCCUUACAAGACCAAGGUGUUAAACCUUCUCAACUGGUUACUUCCUCACUGGAGAGGACACUGAAAAGGACUCCAGCCAUUAAAAAGGGUCAGCAGGAAAGAUCUGGAGAGUAACGUGCUGGGGCCCACCUCCACCAAGCCAGGACAGGCUUUGGACUCUGUGCUCGUCUCUGCCCCUCACCACUGUGUGACACCAGGCAGUCAGCACACCUCUCUGAAUUUUUCCAUCUGCAUCUUAACAAUGGAAAUAACCCUCCUCUCUCUGGCUUUUGCAUCAGGGAUGCUGAGAGGUCCAAAUGGAAUAAUGUCUAUGGAACCCAGUGAACAUGUAAGGCCUUAUUAUCUCAGACUUUGUCCCAAACACCACAGACAGAGAUUGGGUAAGUUUCUCAUCUAAAAUACACUGUGUGUUCUGAGAGGUCAUGGUCCACACAAUCUCUUCUUUGUUAGGGAAUGGACAGUUGGAAAUACUCAUUCCGGGAAGCCAAGAUUCCCCAGGGAGAUGUGAUACCAUAUCGGCCUUCCCAAACACCUCCUGCUACUCAUCAUGUCCAGAAUGUUGAGACAUCAGUGGCCUCUUGGAUUCAGUGAUCGUCUUGUUUUCUUAAAGACUCAGGAAGAAUUUUAGAAGUCAAAACAGUUUGAAGGUUAUAUCCAGCAAAGUUUGCAUGUUCUACAAGUACUAACAGAACUGCUUAGCACUUGCAAGUUUGAAGGGUCUAAACUAAUUGAUGAGCUUCCUAGGUGGUGCUAGUGGUCAAGAACCCACCUGCCAAUGCAGGAGACAUAAGAGACUCGGGUUCAAUCCCUGGGUCAGAAAGAUUCGCUAGAGGAGGGCAUGACAACCCGCUCGAGUAUUCUUGCGUGGAGAAUCCCGUAGACAGAGGCACCUAGCGGGGUACCGUUUAUAGGGUCUCAAAGAGUCAGACACGACUGAAGCGACUUUGCACACACACAACUAAUUGAUGCAUUAACUCAUUGAUCCUGAAAGGCGGGAAGUAUUUUUUCUCAUAAAUAAGAAAACAAAUGCAGAGGACUAAAAAGGAUGAAUCAAAUCAAGGAAUGGUAGAGCAAAACAGGCCUUUGGAAAAUAGAUCUUGCUGGGUUGCUGUCUUACACAGGAAGAUAUAAAGGCCUCCAAUGUUUACUGAUGUAUUUUUUCGUGGCUCCUGGUUUCAUAGCUAUUUAGUGGCUGAACCAAGAAUCUAAGAGCAGAUCUGGCAGAUGUCCUGAUCCUCUCUUUGGACUGGGAUUUAUAUUCGAAAAGACCUUCUGCACAUAGAUAGAAAGCACUGGUGGCUCAGACAGUAAAGACUCUACCCGCAAUUCGGGAGACCCGGGUUUGAUUCCUGGGUCAGGAAGAUCCCCUGGAAAAAGGAAUGGCAACCCAGUCCAGUAUUAUUGCCUAGAGAAUCCCAUGGAAGAGGAGCCUGGUGGGCUACUGUCCAUGAGGUCACAAAGAGUCGGGUACAACUGAGUGACCAACACUUCCAGCACAUAGAUGAGACACUCAAAUACAGUUUAUUUUCAGUCAUCUAGAUUGUAUAGAAAACUAUUAAAAUUUUUAUUCAUAUGCCCUAUUGGAUUUACGAUUUCUUUCUCUAUUUUUGUAAAGCUCUAUGGAAUUAAGACUCCACAUUUUUUCCAGUUUUAUUGAGAUGUAGUGGACGUAUAUCAUUGUACUAGUUUAAGGUGUACUGUAUAAUCAUUUGAUAUGUGUAUAUUGACCUACUGUUUCCACUCCUAGAAAUUUAUCCUAUGGAAAUGCUCACACAAAUACACAAAGAUAUCCAUUAAAAAGUUGCUCACAGUAGCAUUGUUUGUUACAACGCAAUGGAAAUCCUUUGGGAAUUGCUUAAUUAUAAUGACUUCAUGUAAGUGAAUGUUCUGUGGAUGUUCAAAGUUUCACAUUUAUGAUUAGGAAAGAUGUUCACAAUGCCUUAAGAAUGAAAGGAGCAGGUUGCAGUACAGUAAGUAGAGCAUCAUCACACUUUUACAAAAAUGAUUGGUGUUGGUAUAUGUAACAUUUCCCCAACCCUAAUUAGGGAGAGAAAUUCUUACCUUGCGGGUAUUGUUGUAAGGUUGAAAUGGAUGGUCUGCAUACAUCACCUGACACAUUGACUGACAGGGAGUGAGCACUUAGUAAAGAUUAGUUCUGCCACUGCUGCUCAGACAAUCGGUUUUUUUUUGGUUGUUGUUGUUCUUCUUAGAAGAACAUACAUCUAAUUGUCAAUAAGAAUCAUCUCUGAGAAGUAUGAUCACAGUUGGCCAUCGGGGGGAGGCAUUUCUGUAAUGUUUGUAUUGCUUGCUUUCCUUUUUACUAUGAGCAUAUGUCA